GGAGAUGGAGCGCCUGCGGAAGCUGUCGCAGACGCUCUCCUCUGAGAACGAGGGCCUCCUGGCGCACGCGCGGGGGGCGGACGUGGCCGUCCGGGGCGCGGAGGCGCGCGCCCGCAAGGCGGAGAGGUCCACGCAGAUUCUGGAGGCCCACGCGCGCGACCUCACCGCGCAGCUGGCGGCCUGCCUCCGGAGCGCCCGCGCGGCGGGCGGCGGCACGCCGUUCCGGCCGGUCUCUGCGGGCGGCUCGGCAGCCCACGGCGACGGCGCCCAGGCCGGGCUGCUGGCGGAGCAGAACGCGCAGCUGAGCCUGAAGGUCAGGCGGCUGGAGGCCGAGCGCGGGGACGAGGCCGAAGAGGUCCGGCAGGAGCUCGCAGAGCUGCAGAAAGAGCAGGAAGCGCAGGUCGAGGAGUGGAAGGAGCACUUGGCCCAGAAGGCGGAGCAGAUGAAGGAGCUCGGGGAGGCCGUGGAGAGGCUGAGCCGCGAGCGUGACCAGGCGCGAGAAGCGCUUGCGAGCUUGCAGAAGAAGGCCGCGGGCGGGGCCGCCGAGGGCGGGCCCGUCGCCCUGGAGGGGCCGGCGAACCAGCCGGGCCAGGCGGCGCGCGAUGACUUCGCGAGGAGCACGGAGAAGCUGAGGGCGGAGGCCCGAGAGGCGCGAGCGGCAGAGCUCGAGGCGCGCCGCGACGCCGCCCAGCGCCAGGAGGAGGCUGGCAUACAGAAGGCAAGGCUCCAGGCGAUGGCCCGCGAGCUGCAGGAUCGCCAGGGGCGGCUACGGGACAUCGAGGGGCAUCUCUCCGCCACGGAGCGCGCCCUGCGCGAGGAGCG